GUUCUUGAAGAAUGAUGGCUGAAAGUGUGCAACCGACAGGUAGAGCUGUCAGGCGGCUUGAGCCACUUGCCAUUGAAAUUCCUGGUGAGCCGGAGCCCUCCAACUCAUACGACGCGUUUUGUGAUAGACACUUCUCAGCGGAGAAUAUGGAAACGAAGACAAAAAUCUAUAUUUCGCUGCUAUUAAUUCUACCUUCACUGAUUUAUUUUCUCGUUGUUAUCAAUUUUCCGAAUCCGAAAAGAGUUCAUGUUGAGCCAUUUGAGACACCGACAGUUCUAAACAUUACAACAUUUUCUGAAGAGACAUUAUCCACUGAAGAGUACGCACAAGCUUUUGAAUUAGCCGUCAAGAACGAUCAAUUGGUUUUGCCAACUGGUGUCAGCAGUGAGACGAUAAGAAGAUAUGUGGCGUCCACUGCAAGAAGAGAUUCAAAUGAUGAAUCGACAGUUUAUCUGCUUCGUCACUCUUAAAAUUUCCUUAUUAUCCUAAUUUUGAGUUCAUAUUGUUUCAGAAUAAUGAAUAGACACUUUUAAAUAAAACCCCUGUUUUGAA